ACUGCAACUCGGUGUCUGGGUAGGACGUCAUUCGAGGUUAUUUGAAGUUCAUUUUUGCCUUUUGGGCGCUAAUUUUACUGUCACUUUUUAACGUACAAUUUCAUUACCAAUUUUGUACGUAUAUAAUCUUUAAGUAUGUCUGGAUCCAACACCAUCAUGAACAACGUGCGUCUGUUACGAAACUUAAACAGGAAUACAGUGAAAACAAUUACCACUAAAUGUCCCAUCAAAGUUAUUCAAGCAUAUAGGUGCCAAAGUUCCAUUCACUGGCGCACUGGCAGACGUCCGUCAGUAAAAAAUGUCGGCUAUCGUUUCUAUGCCACAGAUUUUCCAAGUCAUAUUAAAGUUUCUCUCCCAGCUCUGUCUCCUACAAUGGAAAGUGGCACUAUUGUUAAUUGGUCUAAAAAAGAAGGAGAGAGGUUGAAUGAAGGAGAUAAACUAGCUGAAAUUGAAACGGACAAAGCCAUUAUGGACUUUGAAACUCCUGAAGAAGGAUAUCUUGCCAAGAUCAUGGUACCUGCUGGUCAAAAAGAUGUUACAGUUGGAAAGCUUGUGUGUAUUAUUGUAGAAAAUGAAUCUGAUGUUGCUGCUUUUAAAGACUUUGUGGAUAAUACUCCCGCAGGUGCUCCUGCUCCUGCAGCACCAUCACCCAAACCAUCUACUUCUGCACCGGUUCCCCCACCUCCCACACCUGUGGCUCCCAAAGCUCCAGCGCCAACAUCAGUACCAAUUCCAAUCGGAUCUCGUAUACUUGCUAGUCCUUUAGCCAAGCGUUUAGCUAAUGAAAAAGGAUUGGAUUUAAGUACAAUUGCCCAAGGUUCUGGUUUGUUUGGUUCAAUAAAAUCUACAGAUCUGGAUAAAGCUUCUAUAGCCAGUAGUAAAAAAACUGCUGUUGCUGAUGGAACUCGCGGUGAUGGAUUUGUUGAUAAACCUGUGACAAAUGUUCGAACUAUCAUUGCAAAACGUUUGCUCGAGUCAAAACAAACUAUACCCCAUUAUUAUUUAACAGUUGAUUUGGGUCUAGAUAAUAUUGUUUCAUUGAGAAAGCGUAUGAAUGAACUUUUGGAAAAGGAAGGAGUUAAAUUAUCUAUAAAUGAUUUCAUUAUUAAAGCUGCAGCUUUAGCGUGUAAGAAAGUUCCAGAAGCCAAUUCAUCUUGGAUGGAUAGUUACAUUAGACAAUACGACGCAGUUGAUGUAAGUGUGGCUGUAAGUACUGAAACAGGACUAAUAACACCAAUUGUAUUUAAUGCAGAUACUAAAGGUUUAAUUGCAAUAAGCACUGAUGUUAAAGAACUUGCCGCUAAAGCCCGCCAAGGUAAACUGCAACCUCAAGAAUAUCAGGGAGGUACAUUUAGCGUUUCAAAUUUGGGAAUGUUUGGUGUUAAAAGCGUAUCCUCGAUAAUUAAUCCUCCUCAAUCGUGCAUACUUGGUAUUGGUGCUAUGACUCAACGGCUAGUACCAGAUAAGACAAAUGGAACCCGUGCACAAGAUACACUUCAAGUUACAUUGAGUUGUGAUCACAGAGUUGUAGACGGUGCUGUAGGAGCACAAUGGUUACAAGCAUUUAGGCGAUAUGUAGAAGAACCACAUAAUAUGCUUCUUUAAGACCGACUCAUUGUCUCAAAAGCAAUUUAGUCAUAAAAUGCUUUCUAUAAUAUAAUUUCUCGUUUCUGUA